UCACAUGCCAAGGGUAAAUUGGAUCUCCGGCUUAAUUUUCCUCCCCGUUAAAUUUUUGAUGUGAAAACAUUAACAAUAUAAAACGAAGGAGGCGAAAAAAAAAUAUUAAAACAAGACAAUGUCUUUGGAACUCUCCUAUCAAACAUUAAAAACUGCGCACCAAGCGAGAGAGGCUGAUGAAAUUCGAUCAGAAGCUCGGCGCAAGAACCUAUUGAUUCUAAUUCUGCACCAUUUAACUGAAGAAGGUUAUAUAGAUACGGCAAAUACACUGGAACAAGAAACUAGUCUAGGAUUACGACGUUUUGAAGUUUGUGAUAAUAUUGACCUGGAAACCAUCCUAAUGGAAUAUGAAAGCUACUAUUAUGUCAAAUUUCAACGGUAUCCAAAAUUAACUAAAAAAUCAGCUGAUGAUGAAAAUACAAAAUUACAAACACGGAGUGGAGGAAAACUGAAGAGGACACUAAGCUAUACUUCUAAGGCACUCCCUAAAAUCUCCAUGGUACAACGUCCAUGUUCCAAAAUUGGAAUGAAAAAGACUGAGCAGAAAACUCAAAAACAGGAGAAUGGUCAGUCUACACCUCCUGAGACCUCAGAGUUUGGUCUGAAUGUGUCUACCAUUAAAGUUGGAGAUGGACUUCAUCCCAGACGGGGCCAGAUAAUUGACUUGCGAGGCAUGAUUCAAGAUGCUGUCAAAGAUUCAUCUAAUGAAAUAGCAGUAAACAGCCUGAAUUACAACCAAGAUCCUUCGGAACGGCUAAUAAAACCUCUGGGCGCCUUCAUAGGAACGAAUGGUGAACUGAGAGACCUUGCUGUUGUUGUUAGUAGGGAUAUUUAUCUCCAUAAUCCAAAUGUGAGAUGGGAUGAUAUAAUUGGGCUGGAGCCAGCCAAACGACUGGUUAAAGAAGCUGUUGUCUAUCCUAUUAAGUAUCCUCAGCUGUUUACUGGGAUUUUGUCCCCAUGGAAAGGACUAUUACUCUAUGGACCACCAGGUACUGGAAAAACAUUGCUUGCAAAGGCUGUCGCCACUGAAUGUAACACGACCUUCUUCAACAUUUCAGCCUCUACCAUUGUCAGUAAAUGGAGGGGAGAUUCUGAAAAACUUGUUAGGGUGCUGUUUGAACUUGCUCGAUUUCAUGCUCCCUCUACUAUCUUCCUGGAUGAGCUGGAGUCAGUGAUGAGCCAGCGUGGCAGUGCCCCUGGGGGAGAACAUGAAGGAAGCCGGCGGAUGAAGACCGAACUCCUAGUCCAGAUGGAUGGCUUGGCACGUUCUGAUGACCUUGUCUUUGUUUUAGCAGCUUCUAACCUACCUUGGGAAUUGGACCAUGCUAUGUUACGUCGACUGGAGAAACGAAUUUUAGUAGAUCUUCCUUCCAAAGAAGCACGGCAGGCAAUGAUUCUGCACUGGCUGCCUCCUCUGAGUAACAGUGGUGGUGUAGAGCUUCGGACUGAACUGGACUAUAGUUUGUUAGGAGAAGAAACUAAAGACUAUUCUGGAUCCGACAUCAAGUUGGUUUGCAAAGAGGCAGCUAUGCGACCUGUGAGAAAGAUCUUUGAUGCACUAGAAAAUCACCAAACAGGAAAAAACAGUCUACCCAUUUUUCAACUGGAAACAGUCUCCACAAAUGAUGUUCUUGACGUGAUAAUUCACACCAAACCAUCUGCUAAGAAUCUUUGUCAGAAAUACACUGCCUGGCAGCGUGAAUAUGAGUCAGUAUGAAUUGGAGCUUGCAAAGAACUGGGACCUACAGCAAAUCACUGUCUCUUCCAGCCUGGCAAACAUCCUGUGACAUUUUCAAAGUGAAACUGUUCUCUUUUUAAGAAUGUGCUGGCAAUUAAUUGCCAGAUGGCAGCAAGGUUUUGCUAUGUUGAAUUCAACAGGAGAACCGUUUCUAGACUUUCUACUAUGGGAGAUUUAAGACUAAAAUGGAGACAAUGGCUCAGACAAAGGUCAUCAGGUACAACAGUCACACAUGCAGCUCAGUGAUUGAAGUGAAUGUUGGUUCUGUCCCUGAUGGAAAGCAUAUCACAAUAUACACAGAUGUAGCAGGGAGAGAAAACAACCUUCAACAAGUAUGUACAAAAGAACAGCAAAAGGAGCUCACUUUUUAUGCCACGUUUGAGUUGUGUAGGACUCAAAGUUAAUCUGUAAAACCUAAAGAAUUCUUGGUAUUACCUGAGAAUUGUGAUUUGUUGGCUCUCUCAUUCAUUCAUCAGUCAUGGCUGCUUCACGACAUUUGGGUUUUCCGUCCUGUGUUACAAGGUUUAUGUUAUUCGAGAACCAUUAUUUGCCUUAUUGAUACUCAAAGAACCAAAAUCUGCUCAGCAUUUUCUUUUAGUUCGUUACUUUUAAUUCAAGAUACUUCUCUUGUAAGUGUGUGGAUUUAAAACAUUUUUUGAUAAAUUACACCUGUGAACUGUCUGUGGGAUAGGGAAAUAAAUACUUUUGCUGCCUAGAAAA